UAGUCUCCGCCCCUGCUCUCAGCAACUGUAGUUCACCAAAAACUUGCAAGAUACGACUUGACUCUUGCUGCAUAUCGCCAAGUUUGUCAUACUCCAACAGCUUUCACGGCCUGAGUUUGAGAGGUAUGGUCACUAUAGUCGUAUACGCUUUAGACAGACUCUGUUGAACGCUACCAGCUUUAAAUUAUGCGGCGAGCUUAAAUUCUUCCCGCUAUUUUGGAGCUCAUUAGCCGCUGCCGAGUCCCAACUAAGCUAGCGUGCUAGCAAAGGCCGCCUACGGACACACUAGUCUGCUUCCCACGAAGCUAAGCUAACAACUGUUUUAGACGGCUCCCCUCGAUGCUUUCUUGGCGUUUUUAAAGUAGAAACCGGGCUACCUGUUUUAGAUCUACUUGAGUUAGCUGGCUUGCUAACGGUAUAGCAGAACAGACGCAGAGAAGUGGAGGAGCUACACGAUCACCGUCCAUCCAAAACAAAUGUCCAAAACUGAACCAGAAGAGAUGAUAGAAAUCGAGAUUGAUGAGCGGGAGAAACAGGCAUGCCUGGAGGAAGGGGUUGAGGAACAGACAAUUACUGCAUCUGAUUUGAUUCAACAAGACAUUGACAUCAAUGAGCCCAUUGGCAAUUUGAAGAAGCUUCUGGAGCCUCGCAUCCAAAUAUCACUUGAUUCAUAUGAGAUCUGUCUGCAGGACAUUCAGCUUCACCCUGAUCACAGUCUCUUCGAUCAAGGAGUAAAGACAGAUGGCACAGUGCAGCUCAGCCUGCAAAUUAUCACCAAAGCAGGUGAGGAGAAGUUAAACAUUUUGGAGAUCGUGAAGCCGGUAGAAACAGUAGAAGUGGUGAUUGACCCAGAUGCAGCAGGGGAGGAAGGCACGCUGGUCGAGGAGGGACAGCUCAUUGCUGUUGAGCGAUCUGCUCUCUCUGAUGAGACAUCAGAGCAGGUCACGCGUUGGGCAGCUGCACUUGAAGGCUACCGGAAAGAGCAGGUCCGACUCGGCAUACCAUACGACCCCAUGCUCUGGACAGCUGAUCAGGUGAUUCACUGGGCUGUGUGGGUGAUGAAGGAGUUCAACAUAGAUGAGAUGGAAAUAGGCAGCAUUCACAUCCCAGGUCAAGAGCUGUGCGCUUUUAGCCAGGAAGAGUUCCUUCAGAAGGUGCCCAACGGAGAGAUACUCUGGAGUCAUCUGGAACUCCUACGCAAAUACGUGCUAGCAAGUCAGGACCAGUCUGGGGGGGAUGCCACAGUCACGAUUGAUCAGCCUGUACAGAUCAUCCCAGCUCAAGUGAGCACGCCCACUGCAAUCAAGGUUUUGAAGCAGAGUCGUGGCCCCAGAACGCCACGUAUUUCUGGAGGAGAGGAGCGCAGCUCACCUGGCAACCGAACAGGUAACAACGGUCAGAUUCAGUUAUGGCAGUUCCUCCUAGAGCUGCUGACAGAUAAGGACGCAAGAGAUUGCAUCUCCUGGGUGGGCGAGGAGGGAGAGUUUAAACUCAACCAGCCUGAACUGGUUGCACAGAAAUGGGGCCAACGCAAGAACAAGCCCACAAUGAACUAUGAAAAGCUCAGCAGAGCGCUCAGGUAUUACUACGACGGGGACAUGAUCAGCAAGGUGCAGGGGAAGCGUUUCGUCUACAAGUUUGUGUGUGAUCUGAGGACUCUGAUUGGCUACAGUGCUGCUGAGCUCAACAGCCUGGUGACAGAAUGUGAACAGAAGAAACUGACCCGGAUCCAGAUGCACAGCCUUGGUCAGCCCAUCACUACAGUAACCUUGGCCACAACGCUAGAGAAAGACAGCUGAAGAGAGUUAUUUUUCAACAGCACUGUCCAGCUGUCACAGGCCAAGUCAGCCCUUUAGUGCUGACUGGAAAUCAAAUCAGCUUUCUUUAUUGACACAGCCGUUUUCAUCUGGCGCAGAAAUUCAAGGCCCAUCUCUGAUCAGAUUGGGUCAUCAACUUUGUUGUUGUCUUUACAGUUUGAUGGAAAAUGGAAUGAGGCAGGAUAAAAGUUUGUUGUAGCUGCUCUUUGGGCUACAAUACCUUCUUAUGAUGGAUUAAUUACGAUUUCAGGAUAAGGGGGUAACUGUGGUGCAGAGAAAUGCUUUUUGUGCAUGUGAUUGACUGAACCCAGUUAUGAGCUUGGCGUAAUGUUCCUUGUCUGUAGUUUAGAAUCAUUUCCACUGUAUAUACCGGUACUUCAUGUUUUUGAUAGCCAUAAGGGCAAGUGUAUUUUCAUAUUUUCCAUUUAUAGAGGACCUGUUUUGUAUUUUAUUUAGUGUUUAUUCCCUAAAUUGUAGGACCCUUUUUGUCCACUAGAGGGAAUAAAGUGGCAAGCAUUUUUCUUAA